GUUGCCGAGUGCCGCAAGGGCUCGCUUUACCCUCUACCUACUUUUCCUCACUCAUAAGUACUCAAACCAUGGUUAACGCAUUUGCUCAGGAUAGUCAUAACGAGUUUAUUGUCAUAUCAGAUUCGGACUCUGAUAUAACAAAACGCAAAGCUGAGCGGGAGCAACUUGAACGAAAGUCAAAACUUCGUCGUCACCAGAAGACAUCAGAGAACUUUUUGGACAACGAACUCAAGAAGAUCCAGAAAGAGAACGAAAGCCUCAGAGCAAAGUGUGUGUCUCAGAAAAUCGAAAUAGAGAGACUUCAGAUCACUUUAAAACAGCUUACGAGUCAAGGUGACGAUGAAGAGAAAAAGCUGACUGUAAUUGAGUCCAGGUCAAGUGUCAGCGUCAAGCCCCCUGCUACAUCCAUGAAAGUCGAGACGAGU